UUAAAUUUUUAUGUGGUUUGUGGAAACCGGUAUGGUACAUACCGUUCGGAGAUAUGUCCUUGCUCAAUUUGUAUAAAUACUCUGGAAAAUGUAGAUUGGCUAUCUCAGUAGCUUUUUGUGACUGUUAAAACUUCAACCAUGCUGACUAAGGUAGCUAUCCUCUUCGCUGCUCUCGCCGUAGUCCACGCUAAUGUUAUUCUGGGACAUGGACACUUAGUCAACACAGGUGUUAGUGCACGUACUCAAUCUCAAGAUGGACAUGGAAACUAUGGAUUUGCAUAUGAUAUCAAGGACGGCAAAGGAGCCACCAACUCCAGAUCUGAAGUAGGAGAUGCUCAUGGAAACAAGAAGGGAUCAUACACUCUCGCUGACAUCGAUGGACGAGCAAGAAAGGUUGAAUACGUUGCUGAUGGACAUGGAUUCAGAGCUGUUGUCAAGACCAACGAACCUGGUACCGCUCACAGUGCUCCAGCCGCUGCCGUCAUUGCCAGUCCAUACGCAGCUCCUGCUGAUAUUGCUCACGCUGCACCUGCCGUAGUUGGACAUGUUGCUGCCGUAGCUCCUGCUCAUGGUCUUGGAUAUGGUGCUGGUCUUGGAUAUGGAGCAGGUCUUGGAUAUGGUGCUGGUCUUGGACAUGGAGCUGGUCUUGGAUAUGGUGCUGGUCUUGGACAUGGAGCAGGUCUUGGAUAUGGUGCAGGCCUUGGAUAUGGUGCUGGUCUUGGAUAUGGUGCUGGUCUUGGAUAUGGUGCUGGUCUCGGACAUGGAGUAGGUCUCGGACAUGGCGUUGGUCUCGGACAUGGAGUUGGUCUCGGACAUGGAGCUGGUCUUGGAUAUGGUGUUGGUCUUGGACAUGGUGUUGGUCUCGGACACGGAGUUGCUCUAGGACAUGGAGCACAUUAUUAAAAACUUAACUUAGAAUUUUAAAGAAUGCUUGAACCAGUUACAGACAACAAUGCCACAUUGAAUCUGUGUGUCUUCAAUUUCUCAGAGGAAAAACGCUGCUAAUAAUGUUGUAGUGAUCUGUAGAUUCGAUAUAUUGGUUAUUGGAGUUUAAAAGUGGUCUUGUGAUAAGAUUUUGUGUUCAACCAAAUAUAUAUAUUAUUUAUUGUUGUGAUGUCCUUAAAAAAUUAGCUGAAUAAAAAAUUAUGCAUAUUA